CGGAUGUCCCGCCCAUGCGCACUAAACGGAAACAUGGCAGCUCCAACUACCAACCCCGAUGACAUUUCAGCGUCCAUUGCUCGCAUUUUGAAUGAAAAACACUCCCUUGAACACUUACAAGUCUUAAAAACUUUUACCGCUUUGUUACAGGACCGGGAAUACAGGGAUGCUGUCGGUGGAAAGGCGUUCUCCUGUCUUCUAAAAGUCUUAUCCAGACUCAGUGAUGAGCUGCAAGCUUCCAGCGGCUCUGAUUACAACCUAAAGCUGCAGCUUGCUGCUGAGUGCUUUCGAGCUCAGAGGAACUCCUGUGUGCAAAGUUCCCGUAACCAGUGCCUGCUCAGGGAGCUUGGUUUCGUUGAUGUUUCUCUUCAGCUACUGAGAUUCCUGUACACAAAUUCAAAGAUCAGUGAUGGCGUCUUUGAACCUGUGCGUUGUGGGAUCCAGUUUCUUGGUAAUUUAGCUGUGGGGAACCAAGUGUGUAAAGAUGACAUUUGGCAGCGGAGCUUUCCAGAUCUCUUCUUGCAGCUGCUUAGCGUGGAUGACGAGAAGACGGUGAGCCACACCUCUAUGGUGCUCCACACAUGUCUGGAUGAAGCCAAGGUGGAGGAACUGUCCGAGCCGCAGAACAUCCAAUUGGCGCUCAAGGUGAUGGAGCUCUGCAGGACGCAACCCGAGCUGGACUGGACGGUCCUUAUUGCAACUCAACACUUUCUCAAGUCUUCAGCUCUGGUUGAAAAAAUGUAUGCUGCAAUGUCAUCCUGUGAAAGACUUACCCUGUUAGAGCUGAUCUCGGCCCAGCUAAGUGGCGAAGAGUCUCUGGACUGUGGCGUCCCCUCCAACGUGGCUCGCUUCCUCGCCUCCGCCUUCCAGAAAGGUUGCGGAGCCGUGUUGACCCUUGCCACUGGCUCCGCCUCCAGCGAAGAGGUGCUGCAGGAGGCGCUGACGGUGAUCGGUCUACUUGACGUGCUGUGCGAGAUGACCUCACACCAAGCGCAGUUCCUCCAGGAUCAACCGGACCUUUUAGUGACCACUGUAGAGCUCUUGAAGCAGGUCCACGCCAUCGGAAAGGCCAGCAAGAACAUUUUCAGCUCGGCUCAGAACUUCUCAACUUCGAGUGACGAAGAUGACCCUUCUUCCGAAUCACCUGUCGUCAGCUUUAAGGCUCACCUUAUCAGGCUUAUCGGAAACCUGUGCUACACCCACACCAACAACCAGAACAAGGUCAGAGAACUGGAAGGCCUCCCACUCAUUUUGGACAACUGCAACAUAGACAGCAACAACCCAUUCAUCAGUCAAUGGUCCAUUUUCGCUAUCCGCAACCUCCUGGAGCACAAUCGGAAGAAUCAGGAGCUGGUGGCCUCCCUGGAACGCUGUGGGGCUGCAGACUAUUCUGCGCUCAGGGAGCUGGGCUUCCAGGUGGAGGAGAGAGAUGGCAGCUUGCUGCUCAAACCAGUCAGGAAAGAUGCUUGACCUCCACCGGGAACACAGGUUUUCAUGUGAAGAAGUCACACCGGCAGGAACCAUGAACAUGCUUGCAAUAAUAUUAUCCACUACCUUCGCAACACAAUAGGGCUCGAAAAGGCAUGGGAUUUCGCAAUGCAUUGUGGGACUGGGUAGCUAUUGUUUGUGUUUGUUUACAUGGCUGUACUCAACCAGCGGUAUUGUGAGAGUGAGCAACAAAGUGGAUUAAAAUCGUACGAAAAAACUAGACCCUGUUCCAAAUGCUCGCCACCUUAAAAAUAAGUAAAAUUGGUGGAAUUCUUCUAUUUCUGGGGCUGAGGUUGCUGAGGUAGUUAAAAAGCUCCUCGGUGGCAAGGCCCCAGGGGUGGAUGAGAUCCGCCCGGAGUUCCUUAAGGCUCUGGAUGCUGUGGGGCUGUCUUGGUUGACAAGACUCUGCAACAUCGCGUGGACAUCGGGGGCGGUACCUCUGGAUUGGCAGACCGGGGUGGUGGUUCCUCUCUUUAAGAAGGGGAACCGGAGGGUGUGUUCCAACUAUCGUGGGAUCACACUCCUCAGCCUUCCCGGUAAGGUCUAUUCAGGUGUACUGGAGAGGAGGCUUCGCCGGAUAGUCGAACCUCGGAUUCAGGAGGAACAGUGUGGUUUUCGUCCUGGUCGUGGAACUGUGGACCAGCUCUAUAC